UUCAAGUAGACCAAGUGUUUGAGUGUGACAAUAUUUCUUUCUUCCCCGUGCAUGUGCAACGGCAUGUACAAUAUUCUUUUCAAAUCUUGCACAUUGAUCACAUGAUCUGUUUUAUAGUAUGUCAUAUCAUUCACAACAUUGGGUCAUGUAAGCAACUAAGCAAGGGUAUUGUGUUUGGUUGUUGCUUGCUAGCUAGCCGCUGGUGAGUGGUGAUCAACAAGAUGGCGAACGCCGGUGUCAAUGAGACGGUCGCCGUCGCCGUCGCCAUUGACGCACCUGGAGUUGGGCAUGACCAUGGUGCCGCCGGCGAGGUUCGUCGUCCGUCGACGCGCCGGCUGGCUCCGGCGGGAAGCGGCGGGCGGCUGAUGGCGGAGCUUCUUGGCGUGUUCAAUGGACUGACGGAGCGGAUGGGGGAGGACGUGGCGACCUCGUCGUCGUCGCGGCUUCUCUUCCGCGCGCUCAAGCUGGCGCUUCCCGCGCUCCGCGACGGCGGCGGCGAUGGCGGCGGCGGCCAGUCCGUCUCCCGUGCGCUCGUGGUCGCCGCCUCCCUCGCCGACCUCCAGAUGGACGCGGAGGUCAUCUCGGCUGGCAUGGUGAGGGGAGCUCUGGAUACCGGGGCACUCGCCAUGGCCGACGUCGAGGCGCAGCUCGGUGCCAGCGCCGCCGGUCUGGUGGAAGAGAGCCUCAAGGUGAAGCGCGCGCCGUCGGAGGUCGACGUCGCCGACGAGGAGGCCGCGAGCGCGCUGCGGAAGCGGUGCCUCUCCAGCUACGACAUCCGCGCCGUCAUCCUGGAGCUCGCCGUCAAGCUCGACGCCAUGAAGCACCUCGACGUCCUCCCCAAGCACCAGCAGCGGACCACCUCGCUUGAGGUGCUCAAGGUGUUCGCGCUGCUGGCGCACGCCGUCGGCGCCGGCGAGCUGUCGCUGGAGCUCGAGGACCUCUCCUUCCAGCGCCUGUACCCGCAGGCCUACGCCCACAUCGACCAGUGGCUGAGCAGCCAAGAAGACGACUGCAAGCGCGUCAUCGCCGCGUCCAAGGAGGAGCUCCUCCGCGCGCUCACCGCCGACGACGAGCUCCGCUGCACCGUCACCGGCGUCGACGUCAUGGGCCGGUACAAGAGCCGGUUCAGCACCAUGAAGAAGCUGGUGAAGGACGGCCGGCGGCCGGAGGACGUGAACGACAUCCUCGGCAUGCGCGUCAUCCUGGACCCUCGCCCCGGCGGCGGCGGCGGCGGCGACGGCGACGGCGGCGACAGGGCAUGCCUGCGGACGCACGAGGUGAUCAAGGCCAUGUGGAAGGACGUGCCGGCGAGGACCAAGGACUACAUCACGCGUCCCAAGGGGAACGGGUACCGGAGCUUGCACGUCGCCGUCGACAUGAGCGAGCCGGGGCCGGAGGGGAAGAAGAGGCCGCUGAUGGAGAUCCAGGUGCGCACCAGGGAGAUGGACAUGGCCGCCGUCGGCGGCCAGGCGUCGCACGCGCUCUACAAGGGCGGCCUCACCGAUCCUGAGGAGGCCAAGAGGCUCAAGGCCAUCAUGCUGGCGGCGGCGGAGGUGGCAGCUCAGCACCUCCGCGACGAGCCAGCCGGCGACGGUGGUCAAACAACCGCCGCCGCCUCCGCCGCCACCGCCGGCAAUGUCGAGCGAGCGUUCCAGCUGCUCGACAAGAACGGCGACGGGAGGAUCAGCAUGGAGGAGCUAACCGAGAUCAUGGAGGACCUCGGCGCCGGCGGCCAUGACGCCGAGGAGCUCAUGCGCCUCCUCGACGCCAACAGCGACGGCUCGCUCAGCUCCGACGAGUUCGCGCUCUUCCAGAAACGGGUUAAGCUGAAGACGAAGUUAGAGAACAAGGAUGAUGAGUACAAGGAGAUCCUCAAGCAGAAGCUGCAGAAGGUUGACGACACGGGGCUCAUCCACGUCUACCGCAAGAACCUCAGCGACAAGUUGGUCCUCGUUUGAUCGAUCCAGUCUGAUUAAUACGAGCAAUCUUAAUUUGUCCUCGUGUCUUUUAGAAAAAAAAAUAAGUGAAAGAUGUCUUGUCAUUUUCACAUUUGCACCGUGAAAUGCGCACAAAUCCACGUGUGUUGUACUUGUUUUUUGGCAAGUGGUCAGAUUGCAAUUUGGACGUGAAGUUUAAAUGCAAAUGUCUUGAAAAUCAGUGCUGAUGUAUCGUAAGAAAAGGAAAUGAAUUCAGCUCCAUCCUUUACAUUUCAGCUUAUCAGCUGAGUUAAAAUUUAA